UUCUCUCUCUAAUGACGAGCUAGAACUCUUGGCUCUGGACGGAUCAUCAUUCAAUAGUCUCGCUUUCUCACCACUCACCUUGGAGGCUAUCUCAUCACUAAUGUACCUACAUUGUCGAUCGCUUACCUACAGCAGCUUCAUGAUCUCAUCUUCGACAAUCUCGACCUUGGCCUGGACCUUGACCUGGCCCUGAAAGCUUUGGUCAGCUUACAGGCCCUCUCGCUGCUAACGCGGCAGCCUCGGCAUCUGAAUGUCACCCAGCUGGGAUUGUCACUCUCGAAUCGAUAGCCUUCAGGUUGACCAAUUACAGGGCAUCUAGCGCCAAAUAGCGCUCUUUCUGGCGCAGCUGGGUGUGGUUCAGGCUAACGUAAUAGAGGCCGACGGUCGCGCACGCGCUCAAUGUCAUAACAGUCAUAUCAUUUAUCGCUCGUGAAGCGGCUGCCCUUACCGAAGCGAAGCGCCACGUUUUGGUCGCUCGAAUUACAUAAUCUCGAUGAAAUGAAGCAUGCGAUUUUCAGUUGUCGAUGUGUCGAUCAACGCUGCAAACGUUGAUCACAAACGUCGCCUUGUUUUAAACUUUUGCCUCCCUAUUGACUGACUUUUGUCUAUUGACACCGACUCUUCUUGGCAAUUGUUCAGCCGCAGCAGUCUUGCACAAAACCGCACAAGGCUAGCUGUGCUCUUUAUUGACUACAUUGUUCGAGGCCCGUCUUUUGUGCUGGCUUAUCAAAUAGCCUGAUUUCACGUCCCCUGAUAGGUCAAUGCCCUCUUCGACGUGUACAAAAUUGGGUGGCCAAUUGAAGAACCCAUCACACUUUUACCAGGAUUGAGAGCUUGCAUUGGUUCCAUUCCAAAUCCGGCCGGAACCUCUCAUGGUGCUUUUGCUCCUGAGAAUCUGCACCUGCAAGGCACAGUCCUCAAGGUCGAGAUCCCUGGCCGAAAGUGAUCGGAGACUCGGUCUAACUAUGCUGCGGCCGAGUGUGGGUACGGACAAGCUCUACAGGGCCGACGGUCGAUCAGCCUUUAGAUACGAGUUUGCGUCUUGGCAGUGUAAGCUUAAACACGAUCACCACUUAAACUUGCAGGACGAGGUCACUUGCUUUACCACGUCAUGCUUACUUUGUGUGAUAAGGACAAGGGAAUUGCUCGGUGCCGUUUGCGUAGCAUUCUAGGCAGACGGUCCCUUUGUGCAGGUCGAGAUAAGGUACAAGCGAGUGCGCCAAGAUUGAUACAUCAGCAGAUGGAUUCACAGCCCUACGCCUCCCAAGAUUCGGCUGUUUCCUGUUACAGAAGCAUGUCAGUCGCUUGGACUCUAACCGGAGAAUUGCUGCACUGCCAUCACCUGAUCUGGAAAGUCAGCACGGCUCAAUUCUUGACAAGACACCCUGUUGGCGGCCACGUGGGUGCCCAAGACGUGGCUGUGUAGUGAAACAACCUCAUAUCCGUAGUUCCAAUUACGAUUAGGUUUAUCACCUUCGUAUAUGCAUCUUUACGGGUGGCUGAAUAAGGUUAAAAAUGCUACGCUAGCGGUCUCAGUUCAUAAAGGGUUAUAUCCUGUUCACCUGAACAGGCACUUCACAAGGCAGUGAGAUCCAAAUUACAAAGAUGAAAUCAGCCUGUUCGUAGACUCUCGGCAAUAUCUUGUUCAAGUAAGUGUCAAGCUAUGUCUUCCUUGGCGUUUUUCAUCGUGGAUGCCUACGACUGGAGAUAAUUCUUGGUAUCGUAUGACUCAAUGCAUCCAGUUGAUGAACGUUUUCUAUUAAGGAUUCCAGCUUGAUUGAAUGAUAACACAUGGCUAAAAUCAACUGAGACGGGACCUGGAAAACCGUUAUACCUCAUAUAAAAAUAUUAGGAUUUGCUGAGGUCUUAACCAGGAGAAGAUACGAUAAUAUCUGUUACAUUAGACAUGACUAUGGAAACAUCUCG